AUGUCCUACCACACCUGUAGCAUAUUCAAGAGGCGGCCUGCGGUCUUCUUUCUAUUAAUCGGAAUCGUCUUCCUAAUUUUCAUCCAUCGCAACCGAUCAACCUUUGUUACUGAGACAUAUUCGCUGUUGCAGGCCCCGCCAGAUUUGAGUGACGGCCACUUUCACUGGGCUGACGUGCCUCUGAACCAUCCAAUUUCCCCUCAGUUCAUGAUCAAGAUUCCACCACCCACAAAAGCCAAGGCGAUUCCAAAGAUCCAGCAUGUUUUCAAAAAGGAGACCCCCGACCAAAAAAAAGUUCGCCUGGCCCGUUUGGAGCAGGUCCGCAGCAACUUCACCCACGCCUGGUCCGGCUACAAGAAGUUCGCUUGGCUCCAUGAUGAGGUCCUGCCGGUUACAGGCGGCGGACGCGACGUCUUUGGUGGCUGGGCUGCUACCCUGGUUGACUCGCUCGAUUCUCUCUACAUCAUGGGACUCACCGAUGAUUUCGACGAGGCCGUUCGAGCAGUCAUCGAGAUCGACUUCACCAAAACCGCCCUGGACGAGAUCAACGUCUUUGAGACGACGAUCCGGUAUCUUGGCGGCUUGCUGGCGGCCUACGACAUCAGCGGAGGACGACGGGGAAAGCAUGCAACCGUGCUGCUUCACAAGGCGAUCGAGCUGGGUGAUAUGCUCUACGUAGCUUUCGACACCCCUAAUCAUAUGCCCAUACUCCGUUGGAAGCUCAAGGCACUCAUGGAAGCUGUCAAAGCCCCAUAUGGAGGCCUGGAUGAUGGCCAAAAGCAGCGUGUGGCGUCGAAAGGGCAAAAGCGACUUAUGCCACCACCACCAAACCAGGUAGCUCCCGACGGCGGCUUGGUUGCCGAGAUUGGCUCACUUACGCUCGAGUUCACUCGUCUCAGCCAGAUCACCGGAAACCCCAAAUACUUUGACGCUGUCCAGCGCAUCAUGGACCUUUUAGCAAAGCAGCAAGACGACACAAGACUGCCCGGAAUGUGGCCAGUUGUAAUCGGACCCAGCAAGGCAAACUUCAAAGAGCACACAGGCUUCUCCAUCGGCGGCAUGGCCGACAGCGUCUACGAGUAUCUUCCCAAGGAAUACAUGCUACUGUCCGGAAAGCUCCCCCAGUACCAAGACAUGUACACCAAGGCCCUCGGGGCCAUGAAGCGAAACAUCUUUUACCGACCGCGCGUCAUGGGCCCCUACGCCCGCGAGGGACCCCUGAUGCUGCUCCCCGGCGACAUCCAAGUCGAACCUAACGAGCCUCUUCUCGGACAGGAGCCGGAGCCCAGGGUGCAGCACCUGGGCUGCUUCGCGGGAGGCAUGGUGGCGCUCGCGGCGCGCGCCUUCUCCACGCCCGACGAGAUGGACACGGCACGCCAGCUCGUCGAGGGCUGCAUGUGGGCAUACGAACACUCGCCGGGCGGUAUUAUGCCCGAAGUGAUGCACACGACGCGCUGCCCGCGCGUCGGCGCCUCGGACCCAAGCCAGAUCCCGACCUGCGCCUGGGACGAAGACGCGUGGCACGCCGACGUGGCCGCGCACGCCCGGCUCGCCGCCGACGAUGUGCGCGGGAUCGGCGGGCAGAUCGCCGAGCAGCACCUGGUGCCGGGCGUCGUGCGCUACGACGACAGGCGGUACAUGCUGCGACCCGAGGCCGUCGAGAGCGUCUUCGUGCUGUACCGCACCACGGGCGACCGCGCGCUGCUGGACCGCGCCUGGGCCAUGUUCGAGACCGUCGUGCGCCUGACCAAGACCGACAUUGCCCACGCCGCCCUCGUCGACUGCACCGUCAAGGACCCCAGGAAGAGCAACUCGAUGGAGAGCUUCUGGCUCGCCGAGACGCUCAAGUAUUUCUUUCUGCUCUACUCGGACCCGGACGUCGUCAGCCUGGACGACUACGUCCUCAACACCGAGGCGCACCCGUUAAGGAUCGCCAAGUGA